AUGAUCAUCCUGGUGCGCUGCUUCACCUGCAGCAAGAUCAUGGGCAACAAGUGGGAGGCCUACCUGGGGCUGCUGCAGGCAGAGUAUACUGAGGGAGAUGCCCUGGACAAGCUGGGCCUGAAGCACUACUACUGCCAGAAGAUGCUGCUGGUGCACAUGGACCUCAUUGAGAAGCUUCUGAACUAUGUGCCCCUGGAGAAGUGA